GUGGAGGAUCUGAUUGUGAAAUAUCGGAAAAAGAAGAAAACAGUGGCUGGGAUCAUCGUGGAACCCAUCCAGUCUGAGGGUGGAGACAACCACGCGUCUGACAAUUUCUUCCGGAAGCUGAGAGACAUCUCCAGGAAGCAUGGCUGUGCCUUCUUGGUGGAUGAGGUCCAGACGGGAGGGGGCUGCACUGGCAAGUUCUGGGCCCACGAGCACUGGGGCCUGGAUGACCCUGCAGAUGUGAUGACCUUCAGCAAGAAGAUGAUGACUGGGGGCUUUUUCCACAAGGAGUUCAGGCCAAAUGCCAUGAGUCCAUACCGGAUCUUUAAUACCUGACUGGGUGACCCGUCCAAGAACCUGCUGCUGGCUGAGGUCAUCAGUGUCAUCAAGCGGGAGGACCUGCUGAAUAAUGCACCCCAUGCCAGGAAGGCCCUGCUCACAGGGCUGCUGGACCUUCUAGGUACCCACCCAACUCUGCCACUCCCCAGCUCUCCCAGGACCCCACCCAUACAUAGCUCCCACAGUCCCCAGGCCAGCAUCUGA